AUGGCUGGCAAUGCAGCCUUCCUGCCCGUUGCAGCCCCAGUGGCCAACCCUCACCCAGUGGAAAAAGCCAGGAAGCAGAUGAUCCCUCCUGGAGUCUCCUUGCUUUCUGGUGCCAUCGCAGGCGCCGUCGAAGCCACAGCCACGGCACGCUCCCCCAAAACCAAGUUCAAUCGUUGGUAUCCGAUGGAAUUCGCCAAGACACUGUCACAAUUGCACCGAAACGUUCAACCUGGGGCCGUGGUUUCAAAGAACCCCUUCGCUGUUCUCGCCCAGGUGGCUCGUCAGGACGGCGUGUCGGCCAUCUACACCGGGUGCUCGACUUUGAUUCUAGGCACUAUGUUCAAGGCAGGCGUUCGCUUCAUGUCGUUUGACUCCAUACGGAAUCUCUUGAUCGACCAGGAUGGAAGGUUGUCUCCAGGGCGCGGCAUCCUGGCCGGCAUGGUGGCCGGUGUCGUUGAGAGUGCUGUGGCAGUGACGCCUACGGAGCGCAUCAAGACAGCCUUAAUCGACGACGCAUCCUCUGCCGGUGCGAAGCGCCAUCGAGGUGGCUUCCACGCCCUCCGCACCAUCGUCUCAGAGCGCGGCAUCACCGAGGUUUAUCGUGGCCUUCUAUCGACAACGCUCAAGCAAGCAGCAACAUCAGCUGUGCGCAUGGGGACGUACAAUGUUCUGAAGGAGGUGGUGGCCGCCUCGCAAACCAAAAACGACGGCGUAACGUCGAAGAUUCCGAACACAUUGGUCACGUUCGCCAUGGGCGCCGCUGCGGGGACGAUCACGGUGUACGCGACGCAGCCUUUUGACACGGUCAAAACGCGGACGCAGGGCGUGCAGGGACAAGCGCUCAGCGAGGCGGUGCGGUGGAUAUGGAAGGAUGGCGGGGUGAGAGGCUUCUGGCGGGGCAGCACAAUGCGGCUGGGAAGGCUGAUUUUCAGCGGAGGAAUUGUCUUCACUGUAUAUGAGCAUGUGUCGGCGUUGAUGAUGUCGAUGGGUGCGGGGUGGGUGAUGUAA